AUGUCUAAAACGAAUGUAAGAAGACAUGCUCUGGAGAAGAGCAGAAGUGUCAAAGAGACACGGCAAAUAUUGAACCAAAGCUUUUUUCCAAAAAGCCUCAAGAAAGUGUACCCUAUUGGGCUUAAUAAAAGCACAUCUUCUUUAUCUUUAUCUUCAUUGUCAUUGUCUUUGUCACAAAACUCAAAUGACUCUUCUCAGGCUGAUUCUUUGACUCCUCUGGAUGAAAAUAUUUCAUUGGCACUGCGUUUGAUUUCAUCACGAGAAAGAAGAGAACCUACAGUUGCUAAAACUGUACAUCAUCACCAACAACAAUAUCCAACAGUAACCACUGAGCCUGGGGAAUUGAAAAGAUGCAACUGGAUCACAAAGAACAGUGAUAAGGCGUACAUAGAAUUUCAUGAUGAGUGUUGGGGAGUUCCAGCUUACGAUGACAACAAAUUGUUUGAGCUGCUUGCAAUGUCUGGAUUGCUCAUGGACUACAACUGGACAGAAAUUCUAAAAAGAAAGGAAACGCUUAGAGAAGUGUUUGCCGGAUUUGAUCCUAAUACUGUUGCCAAAAUGGAUGAAAAGGAGAUCAUGGAGAUAGCGUCAAACAAGGCACUUUCUUUAGCCGAUAGCAGAGUCAUGUGCAUAGUAGACAAUGCCAAAUCCACAAUGAAGAUUGUUAGGGAAUGUGGAUCAUUCAGUAGCUAUAUAUGGGGUUAUGUAAAUCACAAACCAAUAAUUAACAGAUAUAGAUACCCAAGAAAUGUCCCAUUGAGGAGUCCAAAAGCAGAGGCCCUUAGCAAGGACUUGGUAAAGCGUGGAUUUCGGUUUGUGGGUCCAGUGAUAGUUCACUCUUUUAUGCAAGCUGCAGGAUUGACCAUUGACCAUCUUGUGGAUUGUUAUAGGCAUAGCGAAUGUGUAAACCUAGCAGAAAGACCUUGGAGGCAUAUCUAACCUACACUGAUUCAAUAGCAAAAUAUUCAGUUGUGUUCUGUAAGCACAACUACUCAGUUUACCAUA